UCCCCAACAACUUGAGCUCUCUUGGCUUCCACUCCUCUCACCUAACAUCUCACUAUUUUCGGUCUAGCCGAGGCAUCUCCCUUUCGGAGAGAAUUUCUAUAUCUUCACCAGAUCUCUCUCCCCCUCUCACUCUGCGUAAACUAGUUCUCGAAUUAGGUCUGAGAUGGCGAGAAAGAAGAUCAGAGAGUACGACUCCAAGAGACUGCUGAAAGAGCAUUUGAAGAGAUUAUGUGGUAUUGACCUUCAGAUAUGCUCUGCUCAGGUAACACAGUCAACAGACUUUUCUGAAUUAACGAACAAAGAACCAUGGCUAUCAUCGACAAAGUUGGUUGUGAAACCUGACAUGUUGUUCGGGAAACGUGGCAAGAGUGGUCUUGUAGCCUUAAACAUGGAUCUUGCUCAAGUAGCUGCAUUUGUCAAAGAGCGCCUUGGUGUUGAGGUUGAGAUGAGUGGUUGCAAAGCCCCUAUAACCACCUUCAUUGUUGAACCUUUCGUACCUCAUGAUCAAGAGUAUUACCUUUCUAUAGUAUCUGAUAGGUUAGGAUCCACCAUUAGCUUCUCAGAAUGUGGGGGCAUUGAAAUUGAAGAGAACUGGGACAAGGUCAAAACAAUAUCCCUCCCAACUGAAAAACCAAUGACCUUGGAUGUAUGUGCUCCAUUGAUUGCUACACUGCCAUUAGAGGUCCGGGGAAAGAUUGGAAAUUUUAUAACUGGCGUCUUCUCUGUAUUUCAAGAUCUGGAUUUUAGUUUUCUUGAGAUGAACCCAUUUACACUAGUGAAUGGGGAGCCUUUUCCUUUAGAUAUGAGAGGCGAGUUGGAUGACACAGCUGCUUUCAAAAACUUCAAAAAGUGGGGUAACAUCGAGUUUCCUCUACCUUUUGGAAGAGUUCUCAGUCCAACAGAGAGUUUCAUUCACUCACUAGAUGAGAAGACCAGUGCAUCUUUGAAAUUUACUGUCUUGAAUCCAAAAGGACGUAUUUGGACAAUGGUUGCUGGAGGUGGUGCAAGUGUAAUAUAUGCCGAUACAGUUGGAGAUCUGGGCUAUGCAUCUGAGCUUGGUAACUAUGCUGAGUAUAGUGGAGCUCCAAAUGAAGAAGAAGUUUUGCAAUAUGCCAGAGUUGUUAUUGAUUGUGCCACAGCUGACCCAGAUGGCCGCAAGAGAGCUCUUCUAAUUGGAGGUGGCAUUGCCAACUUCACUGAUGUUGCUGCUACAUUCAAUGGAAUUAUCAGAGCUCUGAAAGAGAAGGAAUCAAAACUCAAAGCGGCUAGAAUGCACCUUUAUGUUCGUAGAGGUGGCCCCAACUACCAAACUGGUUUGGCUAGAAUGAGGACUUUGGGAGAAGAACUCGGAGUUCCCAUUGAGGUUUAUGGGCCUGAGGCUACAAUGACUGGGAUUUGCAAGCAAGCUAUCGAAUGCAUCAUGUCGUAGCCACAACGACUCUCUGCUCUCUAUCGUAGUGAAGAUAAUAGUCCAACCGGCUCAAGUCAGGCUGCAGAUGGAUUAAUUCUCUUUGUCAUGUGUGUUAUUCUCUUCUUUUCGAAGACUAUUUGUUCUUGUAUUGAGAAAAUUGUCUUGGAAGUUAUGAAUAUUGUUUUUGCUGUUUGCCCCUGAA